AUGCUGGGCUUGGUCAACUACGAGGAUUCCGAUGACGAUGCUCCAGAGGCACCAGCUCCCACCAACGGCCAUGAGAAGGCAGCGCCAGUGGCCCCUUCUCAGGCGCAAGCCUCGCCCCCCUCGGCCUCGCCGCCCUCCGGGCCCUCCGGUUCACCGCCGCAAGAGGAGGAGAGGAAAGGUGCCAUCAAGCGCGUGUCGCACGCGCCCUCAGAUCUGGUUCGAAGACCCACCAUUGGUCCGCCCCCUGCCUCUCGUGAUUGGUCGAACCCCUACGUCUUGGAACGCCUGGUCCAGGAGAUGGGCCUCAAGCGAUAUGGCUCAAACUUCCCGAAGGAGAUGUUUGAUCCAGAGCAUGUGGAGCAUCCCUCCGACUUCUACGAUGCGCCGGAUUGUGAGCGGCCACCACCGCCCAAGCGCAAGAAGGAGUCACCGAAGCGGAGUUGGUCAGCUGAGAGGUGGCGCGUGGGCGAGCGCGUGGGCUCAAGUCGGGUUGAGGGUGGGCCGCUGCAGCCUGGGCGGCCGACCGCGCGGACCUCGGAAGUGGUCAAGAUGAUGGAAUCAGCCACCCGGAACCGUAAUGUAUACUUUUUGGUGUGGCACCUCAGAGACGCCUUUUCCCGGGGCGUCGACGACGACUUGGCGCGGAAUGUCGGCGAUGGAUCCGAGCAAAAAGCACUGGACUCUCUCCAAAGCCUAUAUCUCUUCGGUGGCUGGAAUGGCAAGCGUGCGCUGAAUGACUUGCACGUGCUGGAUGUGGCCUCUGGUACUUGGUCGGAGGUGCUACCCUCUGGCAGUGCUCCAUCUGCUCGAAACAACCACACAACGGCGGUGGUGGAUUCGCGGCUGGUGGUGCACGGUGGUCACGACGGCAACAAGUGGGUCGCAGAUAUGCACAUUCUAGAGACGAGCCCUCCGGCUCCCACGGCCCCUCAUGAAGGUCUCGUGUGGCACAAGGCUCCCACAUCGGGCACUCCGCCGUCGGCGCGGGCGUGUCACACGCUCACCCGCUUAGCACAUAAGUUGUACAUGUUUGGUGGCUAUGAUGGUGCCAAGUGCUUCAACGACAUGGACAUCAUCGACCUCGAAACCAUGACUUGGAUGCAGCCGAACCUCUCCGGCACUUUGCCGCAAGCCCGGAAUGCACAUACCAUGACGGUGAUUAGCACGAAACUCUACUUGUUCGGCGGUCACAGCGGGAACAAACACUUGACGGAUCUCCAUAUCUUCGACACCCAGAAGCUUCAUUGGUCGCAGCCGGACAUCUUAGGGACGCCACCACCAGGACUGCGCGGUCACACUGCCAACCUCAUCGGCCACAAAAUCUUCCUCUUUGGUGGCUACGAUGGCAAGGGCCGCACCAAUGAACUUUACAUCCUAGAUACAGCAGAGGCCAAGUGGGUGAGACCGACCUGGCCGACGGAGUCGCCCCAUACUCCGCCGGGGCGACAACGACAUUCUGCAUCCCUCAUAGGUUCCAAGAGGAUUUACAUCUUCGGAGGCUUCGAUGGGAACAAGUGGUUGAACGAUCUGCAUGUCCUGGACGUCGGCCGCCUGGAGGAGAGUGCCCUCAACGAUGUGGCAGUGCAUACGCUCAUUGAAAACAUGGGCAAGCUGCUGCGGAGUGGCGAGUUCAGUGACAUCAUUUUUGUGGUCGAAGGGAAACGCAUUUACGCUCACAAGGCAAUCCUUAUAGCACAGUGCGAACACUUCAGGGCCCCCUGGCGAGAAGAGAGCUGAAGGAUUUGACGAGUUGACGACGGGUCGGACUGACUUCGCGUGGCCUCCAUGGGCGAAGAGUUGGGAUGAGCCAGAAACGUCUGUGCUGGAUAGACUCUGAAAGUGCAUAGACACCUCCAAGCCUGGCAAACACGGCGCGCCAACACGGUCAAAUGA